GUGUGCGUGCGUGGAGUGAGUCGCAGGGAUGCAGCAGACCGGAGGAGAAUGGGGAGGGGGAGGAGGAAGAAGAGGAGGAGGGACGAGUGCAGUCAAGUUUGGAUCAGGAAGGAGCGACCCGGCAAAUCCACACCAACGCUCCUGGACGAGAGACGCGAGCACAGUGCCACUUCUCAAAUCACGUUUGAACUCGACUGAUUCCCUCAGAAAGGUGAAGGACAGCGACAUAACAACAAACAACAUCAACAAACAAACAGAUGAGACAUGCAUCGAGCUGUAAAAUGGACUUGGCUGCUUCUUCUCGGGGGUUUGGUGACACAAGACAGCCUUGCAUCUAAAGCAGAAGAUCGCCUCUUCAGAAAGCUCUUCAGGAGGUACAACCAGUUCAUCAGACCGGUGGAGAAUGUCUCAGACCCUGUCACGGUGGAGUUUGAAGUUUCCAUCUCACAGCUGGUCAAAGUUGAUGAGGUCAAUCAGAUCAUGGAAACAAAUUUGUGGCUCAGGCAUAUUUGGAAUGAUUACAAGCUGCGAUGGAUGCCCGAUGAUUUUGAUGGAAUAGAGUUCAUUCGAGUCCCAUCAAACAAGAUCUGGAGACCCGAUAUUGUUCUGUACAACAAUGCCGUUGGGGAUUUCCUGGUGGAGGAUAAAACCAAGGCACUGCUCAAGUUUGAUGGUACCAUAACCUGGAUUCCUCCCGCUAUUUUCAAAUCCUCCUGCCCCAUGGACAUCACCUACUUCCCGUUCGACUAUCAGAACUGCUCAAUGAAGUUCGGCUCGUGGACUUAUGACAAAGCCAAAAUUGACCUGGUACUUAUUGGAUCUAAGGUCAACCUCAAAGACUUCUGGGAGAGCGGUGAGUGGGAGAUCAUUGACGCUCCAGGCUACAAGCAUGAUAUCAAGUACAACUGCUGCGAGGAAAUCUACCCAGACAUCACUUACUCCUUCUACAUCCGUCGACUGCCACUCUUCUACACCAUCAACCUCAUCAUCCCCUGCCUCCUCAUCUCUUUCCUCACAGUGCUGGUUUUCUAUCUCCCGUCCGACUGCGGAGAGAAGGUCACGCUCUGUAUCUCCGUCCUGCUCUCCCUCACUGUAUUUCUACUCGUUAUCACCGAGACCAUCCCCUCCACGUCGCUGGUCAUCCCGCUGAUUGGAGAGUAUUUGCUCUUCACCAUGAUCUUCGUCACGCUCAGCAUUGUCAUUACGGUUUUCGUGUUGAACGUGCAUUACCGCACCCCCAUGACGCACACGAUGCCCGGAUGGGUGCGCUCGGUGUUUCUAAAAGUGCUGCCGAGGAUUAUGUUGAUGCGGAGACCAACUGAUGAAGACAGCAGCAAGGCUGGAGGGUUGGACGACAGUGGGGAGGCAGGAGGAGCUGGAGGGGGAGGAGGAGGCAGAGGAGCCAAGAAGAGGAAGAAUAACUUGACGCAGGCAAGAGUUCCUUCAUCCAUUUGUGUAUAAACGGGUGUGUCAUGUCACAACGUGUCAAACAGAGGUACUUCUGUUGGCGGGGGUUCCCUAAAUUGUCUGGAGUUUGGGGACACGACAUUGUCCUCCAUGGAAGGCUGCGCUGGGAAAAAAUGCUCUUGUCCCUGCCAGCACGGGAAGGAAAGUCCUGAAUCGACAACAACUGUAAAAACGACACGUCAGCUGAGUCCACAGAGCAUAAAUUCAGUCGUGGCCUUCUCUGUUGUGUCACCCGAGAUUAAGCAGGCCAUCGAGAGCGUCAAGUAUAUCGCCGAGAACAUGAGAAGCCGAAACGAAGCCAAAGAGGUGGAAGAUGACUGGAAGUACGUUGCCAUGGUGAUUGACAGAAUCUUCCUAUGGGUUUUUGUGACCGUGUGUGUCCUGGGGACAGUGGGCCUCUUCCUUCAACCCCUUUUUGGAUUCGUCUCAUAACCCCUCAGCGAUCAGCGUUUACUGCGACCGCGAUUGGACCAUUCUGAAAAAAUGAACCAUUUGAUGACAAAACAAUUGACUCAAAGAGCACUCGUUGAUCAUUUCCUUUUGCUUUUUUUUUUUUGCCUUUUGCAUAGAGCAGCAAACAUUUUUAAUGCCUUAAUUUUAUGCUGCAUAUUGUUUUAAUCCAACUACCCCCAAAUUAGUACCAUGGCAUAAGAAGGCAUCUUCAUAAAAGUUUUAUAAAUAGUCUCUAAACAAGACAACUCUUACUGUUAAAGUCUGCAAGUCAUUAAUAAAGCAACAAAUAUCUGGCUUGUUCUGGCUGUUAUUGUCCUUAGGCACAAUUAGACUUGCAUAAACUACACAUGCAGUUUCUUACGCUCACCUAUUUGCUAAAACUGAACUUUAGACAUAUGGCAGAAGUGGUCAUUACAAAAGCAUUAGUAGGGCUAAUUUACUGUAUACACCUGUUUUAGGCUGGCGCCUGCAUUGUUGAAACCUGAGCCAAUAAUACUUAAAAUGACGCUACUACUCCCCACUGGUUCUGCCAGUCAUGUGUGUAUUUUAAUUCUCAAGUGUAUGUAAUUUAUUAUAUAAAACAGUGUUGAAUCCCUUGAGGGGUAAUUCAAUUUACACUGCUUGACAGCCUCGACAGUAGUCAGGAAGCAGACUUAGCAUUUGUCCAGCCAUUUCUUUUUGUCUGCAAUAGCACUUGAUUAGUGACCGUGCGAUUCCAAAGUCAUGAGCAUAAAGUGACCCUCCCAUGACCAAAAACUCACUAAUUCGUUAUGCAUUUUAAAACAACCUGUUGCCCCUUCGUGGCCUUGGGGCUCCUGUCCUUGUUGCUAAAAAAAAUGCUUGUGUGCUGACGCUGACUCAGCUAUACUACAGAACCUUUUGAUGGGGAGAUCAUGUAUGUUUACUUCUUCUAUCUGUACAGUAUUUGCCAAAUGAAUGAGAUGAAAGCAAAUUGAAAAGCAUUUUUAGUGCUGCGAAGAGCAGCAAAAGACACACCGAGGAAAGCCGACAAGAGGAAAACACACAAUUUAAGGAUGGAGGCAGACGAGCUGUUAGUGAAGCUUCUUGCUAACCACCACUAAGUUAGCAUACAUGAAGGUUACGUGUGGUUUUUUUCCCCCCUCUCGUCCUUUUUGAGGCAUACUGUUUAAAAUGGUUAAACAGAUUUCAACAAUGAGGAAAAAAACUUGAGCCUGAUAAUUCUGGUGUGCACAACCUCUUCUCUGUGGCUAAAGUAGCUACGUUGAAAAACUGUAUUUAAUUGACUUCAGACCAGUGACUUACAGCAACCAUGUUUUUCUCUCAAUCACUUUGAUUGGAGUACAUAAUCAUUCACACAUUCAUCGCCUUUCUGAGUCAUUUUCAUAUAGAAGUCAGAUUUGUGACGUGCACUAGCAAUUAAUGAAUAAGGGCAGGCUGUUCUUUUUUUUUUGUAAUUAGAAUCCAUGUGUUUCUAAAUGUUCACAAUGAUUAACAUUCCACAUGUUAAUUGGUUUACCCUCGAAAAUAUUAAAUCCAAUGUACUUGGUUGGUUGGUCCCAAAAUAGCAUUGCAUUUAAUCAUCAAGGAAUUGUUUCUAAUUUGGUGCUUGUUAAUUCUUGUUUUUCUUACCACUUUGGAUUAUGGACUUUUGAUGCUUUGUGAGAAGCAGCAGUCAGGAUUGCCAAUAAUGUAUGGUAAUGAAAUGUGCAGUUCUGACUGCAGAGAUUCAAUUGAAUUGGGCCUUUUUGAUACACUGUAUAAAGGGUUUCUAAAAUGUGUUUUCCCUUUUUAAUGGGUUGAUUCUGAAAAACAAAUAAAUGUAAUAUUUCG